CUGGUGUCUGUCCGCCGGGCGGCGCUGUGGGCCCGGGUGAGGCGGUGUCUGGGUCUCGGAGGCGGUGGUGUUGCGGUCGGAGAUGGUGAGCGCGGAGUCGGGGGAGUGACAGCGGCGGAGGGUCAGUGAUCAGCGACGGGAAACUCAUCGGCGGCGGCGGAGGGGAAUGAUUGCGGCGCCGUGAAAGGAAAUCUAGUAUGAGCCAUGGAGGAUGGAGGAAACGAUCUGCCGAUGGGGAUGGCUGGAGAGAGUGGGGAGGUUACAUGAAUGCAAAGGUUGACAAGCUGGAAAAGCAGUUCAGAUCAGAUGCUCCUCGCGAACAAGAAAAUGAAGGGACAUCAUCUUGCAUUUUCAAAGGAGUAGCCAUUCAUGUCAAUGGUUACACAGAUCCAUCAGCGGAUGAACUGCGACGGCUAAUGAUGCUUCAUGGAGGCCAGUACCAUCUGUACUAUUCCAGGUCUAAAACCACUCACAUCAUCGCCACCAACCUGCCAAAUACAAAAAUUAAAGACCUGAAGGAAGAAAAAGUGGUUCGACCUGAGUGGAUUACAGACAGUAUUAAAGUUGGCCGCCUCCUCUCCUUCAAACCUUAUCAGCUUUAUACCAAGCAGUCAAGUGCACAGAAAGGUUUGAACUUCACUGUCAGCAAACUCGAGGAACCCACACCAGGCCCUAGCAAUAUUCAUAAGCUUAAUAAAAAUGUGCAUGAUCUUUCAUCAGAAAUUAAGCGGUGGACUGGGGCAGUCCCUAUGCAGGAUCGAGGCAGGAGUCUUACCAACAGCCAAGAUGGAGUUAAAUGCAAAGAGAAAGGAAAGAGAAUGAGCAUCAAUGGAAUGAAUCGAUGGGGCGAGGAGAAUGAGGUGUAUGACCUCAUGGAAUUGGAGCAUAUCUUUCCUAAUUUAAACAAUGGAAUUCAUAGUCGGGAAGACCACUUUUCCUUUUACAAUAAUAAUGAGCUCAAUUUUCAUAGUGCCUUAAAAAAACAGGAUUAUUCAAAACAUUACAAUGAAACUUUGUGGGAAAAGGAGCCUCCACAUCUUACAAUGCUGGAAGAUGAAAAUGAUGACUGUGAAAUGGAUUUCAAAAACUGUGAGAAGCAGCUGGCAGAAAGUAGUACUUUGUUGUCCAACUGCUGUAGGACUGUUGCAACUACUUCAUCAAAUGAAUGUUUUAAAAUAAAUGGAACUAAUAAUCCUGUUGUUCAAGGGAUGCCACAAGCAAAUAAUACUUCAAAGCCUUCACCCAGUAAGGCAUCGUCUCUCUGGUCUUCAAGACCUACCGAUCCUAGUUUUAUAUCUGAAUUUUAUGCCCGUUCAAGAUUGCAUCAUAUAGCAACAUGGAAAAGUGAGUUUACGGAAUAUGUGAAGAAACUUCAGAAACAAAGUACUGGUGUAUAUCCAGCUAGGGAAAAGCUCAAAAGGAUUAAGAUGGGAAAACUUCAAAGGAAUCUUUCUUUUACAAACACUCAAGGCGCUAUGAAUGUUAUGGAUCCUCCUAGACAACAGAAUUGUAUCAUGCAUAUUGAUAUGGACUGCUUCUUUGUGUCAGUAGGCAUUCGAGAUCGACCAGAACUGAAGGGAAAACCUGUGGCUGUCACCCACAACAGAGGGCCAGGUCACGUACCUAUCCGACCAGGUGCUAACCCACAGUUAGAAAUGCAGUACUACCAGAGAAGGUUCAUGAAAGGCAAGGCUGAAGAGAAGAAAGUGCCUGAUAAAUUGGAUUGUAGUACCUGGGAGAAUCCAGGAGCUACCUGCACGAAUGGCAUCGACUUGGAUAUGGCAUGUUUCUCAAUGGCAGAAAUUGCAUCAUGUAGCUAUGAAGCUAGACAGGCUGGUAUUAAGAAUGGCAUGUUUUUCGGACAAGCAAAACAGCUGUGUCCUGAUCUUCAGCCUGUUAGCUACGACUUUCAAGCAUACAAAGAAGUGGCGGUAGCCUUGUAUGAAACACUAGCAAGCUAUACUCAUGACAUUGAAGCUGUCAGUUGUGAUGAAGCUCUUGUAGAUGUUACGGCAAUUCUUACAGACACUAGACUGACACCCGAUGAGUUUGCAACGAUUAUUCGCUCUGAAAUCAAAGAGAAAACUAAAUGUAAUGCAUCAGUUGGAAUGGGAUCGAACAUUCUGCUGGCCAGAGUGGCCACGGGUAAGGCCAAGCCAGAUGGGCAGUAUUAUUUAAAACCAGAGGAAGUGGAUGAUUUUAUCAGAGAUCAACUCGUGAGAAAUCUACCAGGAGUUGGAAGGACAUUGGAAUACAGGCUGGCAUCUUUGGGUGUUAAAACAUGUGGAGAACUUCAGCAACUUUUGAUGCUUAGGCUUCAGAAAGAAUUUGGACCCAAAACUGGCCUUAUGCUCUACAGAUUCUGCAGAGGUCUGGAUGAUAGGCCAGUCCGAACAGAAAAAGAACGGAAAUCUGUAUCUGCUGAGAUCAACUAUGGUGUCCGGUUCAGUCAGGCCAAAGAGGCUGAGUCAUUUCUUCUUAACCUCGUUGAAGAGAUCCAGCGGAGACUGGAAGCAUCUGGAAUGAAAGGGAAGCGAUUGACACUAAAAAUAAUGAUGAGAAAAGCUGGUGCUCCAACUGAGCCAGCUAAAUUUGGUGGACAUGGAAUUUGUGACAACGUUAGCAGGAGUGCAACACUGGACCAUGCAACAGACAACACAAAAAUCAUUAGCAGGGAGAUACUACACAUGUUCCGCAUGAUGAAGCUCAGUAUAACAGACAUGAGAGGGGUUGGAAUCCACAUGCAUCAGUUGGUUCCAGUUACUAAAACUUCAGUAAAUCCUUUUACGUCUUCCUUUGUGCGGAAUAGUUGCUGUACAGGGCCCUCACACUCAGUGAUAGACCUAUUACAGAAUAUCAACUCAAAGAAACCUGUGGAUCACAAGCUUUCAGACCAAGAUUGUAUAUGGAAAAAGACAGAAAUAGUUGAAAAAGGUGGUCCUAUUUUGCUUUCACCUGAUCAAGACAUUGGGUUCAAUAAUACAGAAACAGCCGUAAAAGCUGGUGGACUGCACACCCCUGAAAACGUGGCUGCCCGAAAGUUGCGACUUGACUUAAGUAUUGAAGUGCCAUCCCCUUCCCAGAUCGAUCCUUUUGUUUUGGAAGCACUUCCUGCAGAUAUUCGACAACAAGUGGAACAGUCAUGCUCAAUCCGACAGCAAAGCCUUACUGAUAACAAUGGUAUCAAAGAGCCAGAGAAUGGCAGUAUUACUGGGCGUGUCGAUGUGGCAGUAGGUACAGUCACUCUAGAACUGCCAGGACCUCAAGAACAAAACGCCACUGCUGGAAUUACUGUAGCUCUUCCAGCUUUUUCACAGGUUGAUCCUGAGGUCUUUUCUGCAUUACCCACUGACGUUCAAGAAGAACUAAGAGCCGCUUAUGAUCAAAGAUAUCGACAGGGUGAGAAUACCAGCAGAAACCAUCACCUUGCUGGUGCCAUUGUGAAGAAUCCACUGCUGCAACUGAAGCACGCUGUUCCCGAAAAAUCUAAACGAAGGUUCAAAAGAAAAAAUCAAGCCAGUCCAAUUAAAGUUCAGAGUCCUCUUAAAAAUAGGUUACUGGGCAGCCCAUCAAAAGCCAAGUCUUCUACGACUGGGAAUCCACAGAUAGUAUUACCUGACACGAUCAGACAUGAACAGCAAGUUACAGAAAAAUUGCCGGUUGAACCUUGUGCUUCAACAUCAAGCUACCAGGCUGCAUUCUCCUCCCAGCAUGAGAUCUAUGUUGACUCAGUCUAUCUGAGAGCUAACCUCGCUGGAGCCUAUGUGCUGAAAGACGUCAAAUCACUUAUAAAAGAAUGGGUUACAACUACUGCAGAGCCCGUGGAGGAGGACAUUCUACAGGUUGUAAAGUAUUGCACUGACCUCAUAGAAGAAAAAGAUCUGGAAAAAUUAGACCUUGUUAUUAAGUACAUGAAAAGGCUAAUGCUGCAAUCAGCGGACUCUCUGUGGAAUAUGGCGUUUGACUUCAUCCUUGACAAUGUUCAAGUUGUCAUGCAACAAAUUUAUGGAAGCACGUUAAAAUUUACGUGAGAAAACAACGCGAGUGAUAUUUUUAAUAUCAAUAUUACACUGGAGCCUGGAGCUCCCAUUUUGUGCCAUAAAAACCCUAUGUGAAACUCUUAAAAUUUGCAUGGUAGAAACGCAUUGUGUUUUUAUGAAAGCAUUUCUGAUAUUGAAAACAUGUUUUGUAAUUUUUUUUCUUGGCAAAAGUAUGUGCCAAAUUCUUGUCAAAAUUGCAUGUAAAUAAUUGUGUUGUAUAAAGUAACUUGUAUGUAGAAAGCAAUGUAUUUACAAAUGGUUGUUUAUAAGCAGUUUUUUUAGUGUUUACUUCUGUUUAAUAAAAAAAUGUUUGU